GUAGGUUUGUCAUUUCCGGAAACACAGGAUGUACGUCACUGCACGGUCGAGUUUAUUGUUUUUACUUGAACCUCUGUCACGUUAGCUGUUUUUGUAAGAGUAGACUAUGAGUCUGCCAGCUGCCCCACCCAGCUAUGCUGAAGCUAUAGCAGGAGAUAAAGAACAAGGAGCUAGUAACUUCAUUUAUGCCACCCAGCCACCUCCAAUGCCACCACCAACCAUGCCCAUGCACCCCAGCUGGGCUUAUGUGCAUCCUGGCCCUAGUCCAGGAUAUUCCAAUGCUUAUGCUACCGACAUGUCUUCACCCUUUUCUGAUCCGAGUUCCAGUAGUAGCUUUGAUGGCCUCAAUGGAAGCAACUGGGAGGACAAGAAUGUCCGCCGCAUGUUCAUAAGGAAGGUCUUCUGUAUCCUCAUGGUUCAGCUCAUGGUCACAUUUGGUGUAGUGUCACUCUUUACAUUUUGUGAGCCAGUCCGGAAGUUUGUACAAUACAAUCGGGUUUUCUAUCUUACCUCAUACAUGACUUUCAUGGGAACAUACCUGAUGCUUGUAUGCAGCACAAAUGCACGACGAAGAUACCCUACCAACAUGAUCCUCCUUGGCAUUUUUACGCUUGCAAUGUCCUACAUGGCAGGCAUGCUUGCCAGCUACCAUAAUACCAAAGUGGUAAUGUUGUGUCUGGGUAUCACAGCACUGGUGUGCUUGGCCAUCACACUGUUCUGUUUCCAGUCCAGGAUUGACUUCACUACCUGUCAUGGAUUACUUUUCUCACUCAUGAUGGUGCUGAUGAUCACCGGGCUUCUGCUUUUCUUCACUGCACCGUUUGGAUAUAUACCCUGGUUGCAUACUGCUUAUGCUGGAUUUGGUGCUCUGGUUUUCACUCUGUUUUUAGCAUUUGAUAUGCAGCUGUUGAUUGGUAACCGGCGGUACUCUCUGAAUCCUGAGGAGCAUGUGUUCGGAGCGAUCUGCCUCUACAUGGAUGUCGUCUACAUAUUCCUCUUUUUUCUUCAGCUCUUUGGGAGCCGUGAGUGAGGUGUUUGUGUAGUGCCCCCUAAAACUGGGCUUGAGUUCAGGCUUUGUCCUCUAUUACACACACACACACA